AUGAUUGCUUUAGCGGCGACCAGAUUGGCAGUCAAGCGCGUGGGCCAUGGCUACAUAGGUCGGAGUGCCCUUGGAAUACCGAGCAAAUCAUGUUUCCAGCUUUCGUCCCUGGUGCUUGGUGCAAAGUACUUCUCAGUCACUCAACCACACAGAACCUCAACCAAACCAUCCCAGAAGGAAUCAAAAUCUACAAUCGACAGCCAGGCUGAUCCUCAUACCGCCACGACAUCAGUCAAGCAAGUAUUUUCUCAGCAAGAACUCGAAGCUGCCAGGCUUGCUAGAUUGGCAGGGUUGGGAUGGCUUGCCAAGUUGCCCGAGAAGUGGAUCCCAUAUGCCGAGCUCAUGAGAUUGGAGAAGCCCGUUGGUACCUUACUCCUCCUUACCCCUUCCUUGUGGGGUAUCACUAUGGCUGCCUACUCAAUUGCCGCCCCAGUCACCACCUUCCUUUCGGUAGUCGGAUUGUUCUCUGUGGGAGCCCUCAUAAUGAGAGGAGCAGGUUGCACUAUCAAUGACAUUUUAGAUCGAAACCUUGACAAUAAGGUUGCUAGAACGAUAGAAAGACCCGUUGCGAGUGGAAGAGUUUCAGUUCCACAAGCCGUGGGUUUCUUGGGUGUCCAGUGUUUUGCCGGAUUAGCCGUGUUGUUGUCAUUACCGUUCGAGUGCUUCUAUUUGGGAGCAGCCGCUAUCCCUUUGAUUUUCUUGUACCCUUUGUUCAAGAGAUACACUUACUACCCCCAAUUCUGGUUCUCGCUCUGUUUCAGCUGGGCAUGUCUCUUGGGAUGGCCUGCCGUGGGUGCUCCCCUUGACUUAUGGGUUGCUUUGCCAUUGGCAUUGUCAAACUGGUUCUGGGGAAUUAUUUAUGACACUGUUUACGCUCAUCAAGACAAGAAGUUUGACAUCAACGCUGGCAUUAAGUCCAGUGCAUUAGCUUGGGGCGACAGAUCCAAGCCUAUCUUGAAUAGAUUUUUGGCUGGUCAAGCAAUUUCGUUUAGUAUUGCGGGAGCUUUGAAUGGAAUGGGCCCUGGUUUCUACAUCAUGGGUACUGUGGCCAUGGUGAGACUUUACCAACAACUUAAAAAGGUCGACUUGGAUAGUCCAAAAGAUUGUUGGAACUUCUUUACGAGCAACAUUAAGAACGGAUUUAUUUUAUGGUUUGGAAUGGUUAUCGAUUAUGCUUUGAAACUAUCCGGUUUCUUAUAA